UGGUCAACGUGUUAGUUGUGGGCGGUGGCAUUCAUCUUCAGCUAUUUGUAUUACCUGCCGGUCACCGGUAGUAGUUGUGUAAUGAAUAGUUGUGAUCUUUGUACAAGGUAGGACACUAUCACCUCCAGUUAGCCUAUCUUAUAAUUAUACAUCAGACAACAUACUGUGGUAAAAAAAAUGGAUCCGCUUGGAAUACUAACAGGACCAUACACACUGAAGUCUGUCAAGCCUUGUGAUCUAUCAUCAUGCACAAAAAAGGAUAUAUUGGAGUAUUUUGAAAACAGUUACAGCCUCAAUGAAAGCAUAUUCACAUCCCUCAAAGAGGAACGUGUGUUAAAUGUAUGUCCUGAUAGACUCCGUCUCCCCCUUGUUUUUUACUUGGCACACACCGCAACAGUUUACGUGAACAAACUGAUGCUGGCUGGUCUCAUCAAGGAGAGAGUGGACAUGGAAUUUGAGACUUUAUUUGAAACUGGAGUAGAUGAGAUGUCUUGGGAUGACACGGAGAACUACAGGAUGGGUGGAAGUUUUAAGUGGCCAUCGUUAAAGGCUGUUGCGUCUUACAGGUUAAAAGUUCGCAAUCUUAUCCGCAAAGUCAUCGAGGAAACUCCAUUAGAGCUUCCUAUCACUAUGGAUAGUCCAUGGUGGGCAGUGUUGAUGGGCAUUGAUCAUGAGAGAAUUCACAUAGAGACAUCGUCUGUCCUUAUACGUCAGCUACCGAUAGAAAUGAUUUGUGUCCCACAAGAUUGGAAAAACGCUCCAAGAAAACAUAAAAAUGGAGCUGGAAAAAAUGCCUUUAUUUGCACCAAAGCAACUGAUGUUACAUAUGGUAAGCCUGUGGAUUUCCCUUCUUACGGCUGGUAUAACGAGUACCCUCAAACAACUGCUAAGGUACCGGCAUUCAAAGCCACCAAGUAUCUUAUUACCAAUCAAGAGUUUUUGGAGUUUGUUGAAGACGGUGGCUACGAAAAGAAGGAAUUGUGGUCCAAUGAAGGUUGGACAUGGAGGUGUUUUCGAGAUGCUAAACAUCCAACGUUUUGGGUGUGCUCAUGUGGUUGCAAGUCUGGCUGUGGCAGCAUCCUUUCUGGAUACUCCCACUGCAAGCCUGCAGACAUUUCAAAUGGUCAAGAAAAUGGAAAUAUGAAUGGUCAAGUAAAUGGACACACAAAUGGAGUGAAUGUUAAUGGAAAUGGCCACAUCCUAAACAACAAUGGAUAUGGAUAUCGGACGAUGACCGAGGUGAUUGACUUGCCUGGCGAUUGGCCGGUAGAUGUUAAUUACCAUGAGGCUAAAGCCUAUUGUGCUUGGAAAGGGCCUGAAUACCGCCUACCCAGUGAAGCGGAACACAAAGUGAUGCAAGGAAACCAGGUUGAUCCCGAUGUUGGUGUCUCGUGUGAUCCUUUAUUUUGUGAUGGAUUCAAAGAGAAAUUCAACUCCAAUAUGGUUUUCAACUCUUCCAGUCCUGUGAAUAUGUUCCCAGCAAAUGAGGCUGGUUUUCAUGAUAUGUAUGGCAAUGUGUGGGAGUGGUCGGAAGAUCAUUUUAACGGAUUUCCCAACAGUGAUACGCAUCCAUUAUAUGAUGACUUCGCCACACCAACCUAUGAUGGAUUUCAUAAUGUCAUAAUGGGAGGCUCGUGGGCUUCAACAGGACAGCAAGCAUCCAGAUUUGGCCGCUUUGCCUUCCGGCGUCACUUCUUCCAACAUUUGGGAUUCCGACUGGCUUGCAAUAUUGAUCCCUCCGAUAUUCCACCAAUCCACCUGAUUGACUCUGAAGUACACAUUCUGUCCUUUGGUCACAAAGAAAACCCAUCUUUGUUGCCUGUUGUCCAUAAGAGUAUGUUCUUCCCAAGUACAAAUAAAGAGUAUUUGAAUGACAACCCCGAUGAAAUGCUCUAUAAACAAUACGGCAUCAGUGUCAACAAUUACUACGAUAAUCUGGCUGAGUUCAUCGAUGGGGCGGUGAAAAAUUACAUCGAUCAAUUCCAAUCCACACUUGUCCUUGGAUGUGCAACUGGAAGGCUGGCAUUCCAUCUGGCUCAAACAUUUUCCAAGGUGAUUGGUGUUGAUUACAGUAGUCGGUUUCUUGAGGCAGCGAUUGCGUUACAAAACACAGGCACAUUAGAUUAUCCAGAAUACAGACCAAAGGGCGUUAGCAGCACUAAGAAGUUACGAAUUAAUGAUUCCUGGAGCAAAAGGAAGGCGAUUGUUCCUCAUAAAAUUGACAGAAGCAGAGUUGUAUUUAAGCAGUUAACAUGGAUUCCAAAUGAGCUGAUGGAUUUCAAUCUCGUCGUUCUUGAUUUCUUAGACCGAGUCAUGAACAUAGAAGCUUGGCUCCUGAGGCUUUGGGAGAUAAUUGUACCGUGUGGACUGAUUAUUAUUACAUCACCAACUGAGUGGAAUGAAGAAAGACUCUACAAAGUUAUCGGAAAGAAGCUGCAAUGUGUUGAUUCAACAAUUAUGAUGGCAGACUGUGAUGGCAAAGAUCCUGUAGCUAAGAAUGUAACCAUUUGGCAGCGAAAGUAAAUUUUUGUUAUUGGCGUCUGAACAUAAAUGUGUUAUAGUUUAUAAACUAUAUAUGUUUACUAUGUAUACUAUGUUUGUAUUAUAAUUUGUUUGUGGCACUCAGUAUAAAAGGAUUAACAUGUGUGUUUCACAGCAUAAAAGUGCACCUCUCUUUAAGAAAGGUAUAAAACGUAUAGAAUUAACCUGUUUUUUGGUGAAUAUUUUUUGCAAAUGAAUGUACUGUAUCAUGUAAUAUUUUUUAAUUUAUUUCCGAGCUUUAGCCUAAAUAGCCUUUAAACUAUUUCCACUAUUUGGAAAAAUCAAUUGUCAAAUAUACAACCUUUUGUAACUGAAGAACCGAAAUUAUUUUCGUUAAAAAAUGUAAAAAAUAUAACUCUAAGUAAUUGAAUUUCAACUUUUUUUUGGUUAAGUUGAUAACAUAUAAUAAAUAAUGCACGAAAAUACACAAAUUUGAGUGUUUAAUAUAAUAGUCUUAAUACAUAUUUUUAGAAAAUUAAGAUAAAUUAUUAUAUUAUAUUACAUAACUAAUAGAUAAUUAUCACAAAAUUUAUUUAGUAAAACAAAAAUCAAUUUAAAUAAUACAGUCCAAUGCAGUGGCGCUAUAUCUUGCGCUCCCUGUGGAAAAUGUCCGAAGCAAAUGUCCAAAAGUUGAUGAGAUAUAAUAGAUAAUGCACGAAAAUACACAAAUGUGUGUGUUUAAUAUAUAUUUUUAGAAAAUUAAGAUAAAUUAUGAAUAAUGAAUGGAUCAUGUAUUAGUUUAUAAAAAAGUGUAUGGUAGCCAAAUGUAUAUAGUGUACUGAUUAAUACAUGGUAAUAAUAGGUAUACAUUCUUUAUGCAUUCCAUAACAGCUAUACUUUCACUAUAAUAUUUAAUAAAUAAUUAAUAAUUUGAAGGUUCAUAAAAUGUUACUUUCCACAAAAAAGCAAUGUAAACGAAUCAUCAGUUACAAUGAAUUUAUAUUUUAAUUAAAAUAUAUAAUUAAACCGAAAGAACAGAUUUCUUCCAAAGUAACACAAGCCUGGACUCGGGUGAAUGCUUAUCUACCUCACAAUGUUCCUUUCUGCUAAGCCACGCCCUUGGAUAUUGUUGCUAAGGUCCCACGAAUGGACAUUGUAAAAGCAUAUGCACACACAUACGUUUGCACGACAACAUGUGUACUUGUAAUGCCACGCCUGUGUUCCUGACCCAGUUCCGAUUGGUUAGUUAAGUUCGAUCGACUCAAACACAAAUAAUAUAUUUCCCUACAUUUUGACUCCUACUAAACCUCGGGCUCUGUCUAAUGUUAAGAUUAGUUGACAGAAACAUGAUACGCCUAAAUAUGGUUAUGAUGACAUCACAUCAUGACCAUAUAUAGCCACAUCAUGACUACAGUAUAAUAUCGGCAUACACCAGGUUUUUGUCAAACAAAAUUUUAUCAAAAAUGAAAAUGCCAGACCACAACAUAAUACAUUACUCGCCCUUCUUCGGUCAUGCUCCAAAGGGUUUUUGAUAAAAUGUCUAUAAUAAAUAGGUUAACAUAACAUUUUUAUGAAAUAAAAAAAAGAGUAACAUGUCAAGCUCUAUAUUUUGAAUUUAAUUAAUCCAAUGUAUGUAUAUAAAAAUGAAAAUUUAGGUCCUUAAAAAGUAUUUUUGAAUGUCAUAGCAUAUUAUAUUUCAUAACUAAUAGAUAAUUGUCACAAAAUUUGUUUAGUAAAACGAAAAUCAAUUUAAAUAAUACGGUUCAAUUAAUGCAGUGGCGCUAUAGCUUGCGCUCCCCAUUGAAAAUGUCCGAAGCAAAUGUCCCAACUUAUUCAACCUAGCGCCCCAUUGAGCCACUCCACCUUCAUGUCCCCACGACUGAUAGAUAUGGCACUUAUGAUCAAUUUAUAUAAUAAUCGUGAUCAUAUGACUAGUGGCAUAGGUAAUCAUAAAGUAUACUUAAAUAUCCAGAGAACUUUAUUUGUGUGGUUGGCACCUUGCUAUCCUGUAUAUUUAUUAUUUAACUUUCUUAAUGUACCAAAGCUGUGCCUCAAUUAAUGUAGAGCACCACAAUUUUCUUUUAAGUAGUUUUAAGUGUUUUUUUUUAAUUAAUUUUAGAAAGUUUCACAAUUGUAUAGAAUAGUUAGUCAGUGAUACUGUCUGUAAUGUAGGAAACUUUAAUUGAGUUAAUUUUUUAGUCAUUUUACAUUUACAAACUUUAUGUUCCAGAUUGUUAUUGCUGUUUUGUUUUGAGCUUAAGUUUCUCUGAAAAGCAUAUAUCAUUCUACAAUUUCUACCAAUUGCAGCUGCACCAUGUUGUUUGAUCAUAUAAGGAAAUAUUGUUUAUAUUAUAAGGUAUCUUGUAUAAGGUUGGUAUAAUAAUGUACGAAGAGACUAGGGUAGUGAAUGCGAUUCUCAAUAAACGUACUUUGAAAUGUUU